CAACACAAUAUAACACAACACCGAGUUCUCAACACUGGAAUGACACACAGCAUGGAGCAAGUGAGGAACAAACAAGUGGUUCUAAAGAACUAUGUCACCGGUUUCCCCAAAGAAUCCGACAUGAACAUUGUUGAAAGCACUGUGGUUUUGAAGCUUCCAGAAGGUUCCAGUGAGGUCCUCCUAAAAAAUCUCUACUUGUCCUGUGAUCCAUACAUGCGACUCCUCAUGACCCAGGACCGUACUGUUGGAACUGGCACCUACACCCUUGCAUCUCCAUUAACAGGAUAUGGCGUGUCUAAAGUGCUGGAAUCUGGACACCCAGAUUAUAAGACAGGCGAUUUUGUGUGGGGGAUUACGAAAUGGGAAGAAUAUAGCUUCGUCCCCUCAUCUCAAAUACGCUUCAAAAUUGAGCAUACUGAUAUCCCACUUUCGUACUAUACUGGAUUUCUUGGUAUGCCAGGAAUGACUGCUUAUGCAGGUUUCUUUGAAGUAGGCUCUCCCAAGAAAGGAGAAAAUGUUUUUGUUUCAGCUGCCUCUGGGGCUGUUGGUCAACUUGUUGGCCAAUUUGCUAAGAUGACUGGUUGUUAUGUUGUUGGAAGUGCUGGAAGUAAAGAGAAGGUGGAUCUGUUGAAGAAUAAAUUAGGAUUUGAUGAAGCUUUUAACUAUAAGGAAGAGCCAGAUCUCAAUGCAGCUUUGAAAAGGUACUUUCCAGAAGGCAUUGACAUUUACUUUGAGAAUGUUGGGGGCAAGACACUUGAUGCAGUACUCCCAAAUAUGAGGGUCCAUGGUCGCAUACCUGUCUGUGGAAUGAUAUCACAGUAUAAUCUUACACAAUUGGAUGGUGUAACAAAUUUGGCAAAUCUCAUAUAUAAGCGGAUUAAAAUGGAAGGUUUCAUUGUAAAUGAUUUCUAUCAUCUGUAUCCCAAAUUCUUGGAGCUCCUCCUGCCUCAUAUCAGAGAAGGGAAGGUUGUGUAUGCAGAAGACAUUGCUGAGGGCCUUGAGAAUGGCCCAGCAGCUUUGGUUGGUCUCUAUACUGGUCAAAAUGUUGGCAAACAAGUGGUCGUUGUUGCUCGUGAGUAAAAUUAUAUAUAUAAAAAUUUUAUCCCCUCAACUUCUCUUUGUCGAUUUCUUGUUGGAUAUUAAUUUUUCUUUGUAUGGUGUAUGCGGUCAACUUUCAUUGUGUUGGUUGUAAUUACUGAUUGAUUGAUGUUUAUUGAAAAUAAAACCUCCUAUAUGUGCAA